GAUCGAUGUCAAAGUGAAGAAGAAGACGAAAAAAACCCCCACGUGUCCUUUCACCCACACUCCCUAGUGCUCCCUCUGCUCUGUCUCCAUGUUCCUCUGUCAUCACUUCUGAAUCUCAUAAGUCAUAAGCCAAACACGACCUUACUCAUCACAACAAUCCAACACUCUCUAUCUCUGAAACAACAUAACUCCAAUUCUGAAUAAAACAAGAUGGAAACAGAAGAAGAGAAUUCACUUAACGCAGCACUAAUAGAAGCUAUUCUCAGGGAGCAAGAGGAAGAAGAUCAAGCUCACAGAAGAAGAGCAGCGUUUAAUUAUGUACCCCCGCCGCAGCUGAACAACCAAUGGCAAACGGUUUCCUAUAACAAACGGAACCGGAACAAAUCCUCUAAGCAGUCUGUAACCGCCGAUCUUGACGGUGCCGCCGCCUCUUCCUCCUCUGCUGCAGCUUCUGAUUCUGUCUUCAGCUCCGUUGAGCGCCACUCCGAGGAGCGUCGACGCCGGAUCGCUGAGGCUCAGAUCGCCGGCGAUAAUGCCUCGUCCGAUGCUGCUCCGCAGAGAUCGCUGCGGCAUUCCGAUGAUGAUGAGGACGAUGACGGUGGCGAUGCCGACCAGGGAGGUGCUCUGAAUGGCUCUUCUCAGGCGAAGAAGGUGAAACAAAAGAAGCCGAAGAAGCCAAAGGUGACGGUGUCAGAGGCAUCUUCAACGAUCAAUGCUGAUGAUCUUGCCGCGUUUCUCGCUGAGAUCACGGCUUCAUAUGAAUCUCAGGAAGACAUUUUGUUGAUGCGAUUUGCUGAUUAUUUUGGCCGCGCCUUCUCAUCUGUCGGAGGAGCUCAAUUCCCAUGGUUUAAGACUUUCAAAGAAUCUCCAGUUGUAAAGAUUGUUGAUAUCCCUCUUUCACAUAUCUCGGAGGAUAUUUAUAAAUUAUCAACUGAAUGGAUUGGCCAUCGAUCAUCCGAAGCACUUGGGUCCUUUGUGCUAUGGUCGUUGGACAGCAUUCUUGCAGACCUUGCAAUUCAUCAGGGUGUUGUUAAGGGAAAUAAAAAGGUGGUCCAGCAGCAACCUUCGGCAAAAUCUCAGGUUGCCAUAUUUGUGGCUUUAGCGAUGAUAAUUCGACGAAAACCUGAUGUCAUGAUUAGUUUAUUGCCAAUAAUGAAGGAGAGUCAAAAAUAUCAAGGUCAGGAUAAACUUCCUCUCAUUAUUUGGGUGAUAGCUCAGGCUUCUCAAGGAGAUCUAGUUGUAGGGUUGUACUUGUGGGUCUCUCUUCUCUUACCUAUGCUCUGCGGCAAAUCCAGUUGUAAUCCACAGUCGAGAGACUUGAUUUUGCAGUUGGUUGAAAGAAUUAUUGCAUAUCCCAAAGCUCGGCCUAUCUUGCUAAAUGGGGCUGUCAGAAAGGGGGAGCGCGUUGUGCCGCCAUCAGCUCUUGACACUCUAUUGAGAAUCACUUUUCCUCCUCCUUCAGCCCGGGUCAAAGCCACUGAGAGAUUCGCAGCUGUUUAUCCAACAUUAAAGGAGGUAGCCCUGGCGGGAUCGCCUGGAAGCAAAGCAACAAAGCAACUUGCGCAGCAGAUAUUAAGCUUUGCAAUUAAAGCUGCUGGAGAAGCCAAUUCUGACCUAUCAAAGGAGGCCAGUGACAUUGUUAUGUGGUGCUUGGCUCAGAACCCUGAAUGUUACAAGCAAUGGGUGAGCACAACAGAAUAAUAUUUCAUUCCUUUUUUGGAUGUUGAAUUUUUCAUAUGA